GGUAGCCCUAGACAGAAGCCGCAGGCGAUGGCUGUAUCUGUUGCCGAAGUCACUGCCGUUACUUACUGCCUGCCUGCCUGUCUGCUGGAGGUCUGAUGUGCCACCCUUGGUGUUAGUCUGGGCACUCGCCAGCCUGCCUCAGUCAAAACAUGAUUGUCCUUCAAAGAUUAAUGUACAUUUACCUCAGUAUUUUAAAUCUGUUGACAGUUUGGGUAAUGAUGGCUCAGCUCCAGCAAGGAGGCCCAGAUGAAAAAGAGAAGACUACUGCAUUAAAGGAUUUAUUGUCUAGAAUAGACUUGGAUGAACUAAUGAAAAAGGAUGAGCCACCACUUGAAUUUCCUGAUACUCUGGAAGGAUUUGAGUACAUUUUUAAUGAAAAAGGGCAGUUGAGACACAUAAAAACUGGGGAACCAUUUGUUUUCAAUUACCGUGAAGAUUUGCAUAGAUGGAACCAAAAGCGCUAUGAAGCUCUUGGAGAGAUCAUUACUAAAUAUGUUUAUGAACUACUGCAAACGGAAUGCCACUUGAAGAAAGUAACUCUCCCAGUUGAUGCAACUGAGAGUGAACCAAAGAGCUUUAUCUUUAUGAGCGAAGAUGCGUUAACAAAUCCUGACAAGCUGCUGGUCCUAAUUCAUGGUAAUGGUGUUGUCAGAGCAGGUCAGUGGGCUAGGAGACUUAUAAUUAACGAAGAUCUGGACAGUGGCACACAGAUACCAUAUAUAAAGAGAGCUAUUGAGGAAGGCUAUGGAGUAAUAGUACUGAAUCCCAAUGAGAACUAUAUUGAAGUGGAGAAGACAAAAGCCCAAGUACAGCUGUCUUCUGAUAGCUCAGAUGAACCUGCAGAAAAGAGGGAAAGAAAAGAUAAAAUCCAGAAGGAAACAAAGAAGCGACGUGACUUCUAUGAAAAGUAUCGAAAUCCACAAAAAGAAAAAGAAACUAUGCAGAUGUAUAUUAGAGAUAAUGGAUCUCCUGAAGAACAUGCAAUUUAUGUUUGGGACCAUUUUAUUUCCCAGUCAGCUGCAGAGAACGUGUUUUUUGUUGCUCACAGUUAUGGUGGACUUGCCUUUGUAGAGUUGAUGAUUCAACGAGAGGCAGAAGUAAAGAAUAAGGUAACUGCUGUGGCGUUGACAGACUCUGUUCACAAUGUGUGGCAUCAAGAAGUUGGGAAAAGUAUUCGAGAGUGGAUGCGAGAGAACUGCUGUAACUGGGUGUCCAGCUCCGAGCCCCUGGACACUUCAGUGGAGUCCAUGCUGCCGGACUGCCCCCGCGUCUCUGCAGGCAUAUGUAGUUUCCCCUGCCUUUCUGCACCCCAAGGCAAAGAGAGGUCUUGCACUAGCCCGAAGCUCACGACAGCCAACAGCAGCCGCAUGUGUCACCAGCAGCAAACAACCAUUCAGACAGCCUUCACCCAGCCAUCAGGUCUGGUGCCUCCUGAUGACAAACCUUCUCAUCCUUUGGAGGUACAGAGCGCCAUGAACUAACUUCCUGGAAGAGUUUUCCAUCAAUUUUCAAGUUCUUCAGUGAAGCGGUGGAGGCAAAGAACAGCGCAGUGAAACCAACCCCAACACGACGCUCCAACAGGAUAAAAUACGAAGAAUUGUAAAAGGAGGGGAGGAAAAAACAGAAAGCCACCACCACCACCGACCUCUUCGCUGCUUGUUUUCUGCAAGGAGUCUCCCAGCCCCUCAUUAGAUUGUUUUCUUCCUAGAGCACAGGGUCGUGAUGUAUACAUCUAAAUAGCGUUUUACAUUAUUUCUAGAUGAGUGCAACUGUCAAAGCAAUAUGGGUUCACUGGUUGUGCUUCCUGUGGGCUGUAACUUGGAUUUCGUGCUGCCCAUCAGCGCGCAGAUUAAGGCUGACAGUGGUACUGCACAGUGCAGCAUGGUGCAGCUCUAAUUGCCCUGACAUAGCCCUGCAACAAGCUGAUGCCAGAAUUUAACAGCUACGUUGUGGUCCUGUCGCCUGCAGGAUUUUUUGCUUCUUCCUUCUAUUUUGAGACAGAACAAAAUCAGAAUUACUCUUUUUUACAAGACAGCUCUAACACAGAAGCCUGUGAUUUUACACCCAGUAGCCUUCUCUUUCUCUGGGACCAAGUGGGAUCAAGUCUUGACUCUUUCAUUUUCUGCUGGUAGGAGGGUCCAAGAAGUUUGGUCCAGAUUUGUAGGAAAGCCCUUUUGUUGUCAAGAUUUUCUCCUCCUGCCAGAUCAAUGGCAUUAUCUGUAGAUCUUCUUUUCCUUCCGAAAGCUCCACUUAAAAAAAUGCCUAUUCAUUAACCGGCUGGAUCACACUGUGAAAUAUGACAGAAAAAAAAAAAAAGCCAGAGACACAUUGCA